GUUGACUCAUAAAUAAAAUGGCCGCUGCCGUACAAAGAUAAAUAUUUAACCAAACAUGUGCAGCUGAAACUCUUGCAUUACGAAAAGAACAAUGAAUCAGCAAGGUGUCCUGCACUGUGAAGUUUGUGAUGCAGAGCUUCCAAACUUCAACUCGAUGCGAUGGCAUAUUCAGGGCAAGCGUCAUCAGAAGGCCCUCCAGCACUGGAGUAAUAAAAGGGAAGGUGCCAAACUUAGCGUCUUUGUGCGCAAUUUCCCCCGGGGUACCACCGAGACCGAGCUCUGGCAAUACUUUGCACAGUUUGGAAGAGUCACCAAGGUUACCAUUGUUAAGCCGCAGAAUAUGUUUUGCAUAAUAGAGUUCUCUAAUGCUGAUACUGUGGAUUAUGUUUUAAACACAACAAAUCACAGACUGAACAGCCAGAACCUGAUAGUUAAACCCAGAGAAAUACAGGUCCCAGGUGGUCCACCCGUAAACCAGCAUCAAUAUGGCUACCAGCAGUUUCAGAGGGGUGGAGAACUCGGUAGUGGACAUAGAGGUGGUCGUGAUGGUGGUGGUGGUAGAGGUGGUGGUGGUGGGAUGCUGGCAGCAGGCGGAUAUAUAAGCCAAGGGGGGAUGGGGCGGGGGAUGGGGCCAGGCCCGUCAGGACCCUCCAGCCAGAUGGACCCUUACUGGGCCAGCCAAUCAGAGCAUGCCAAGAAAAAAGUGAAUGUUGAAGAUCAGAUCGAUCAGUACUACCACGAAGAACUCAUUGAGAAGCUGGUGCAGGUCAAAGGGGUUCAGAACCAGCUGGAGUGGCUGUGUCAGAAUCUCCAGGUGACUGCAGAGGAGGCCCAGACCAAGUUCUCCCUCUGUGAGAAACUCCAGACAGAGCUUGCCAAGUUCUUCCCAGGCUGUACAGUGAACCAGUUUGGGUCGUCAGUGAAUGGUUUUGGACUGAGUGGGUGCGAUAUGGACAUCUUCCUGGAUCUGUCCACCAUGCACAGUCGUACAUGGGAAACGCAGCCAAUAAAGCUGCCAUUUGUGAGAGACUUCAAGUUCCUAAAGGAUAAGGAAUGGGGCCCACUGAUCCCUGCAGACCUUUCCCGUAUGGGGCUACAGGACCAGUGUAAGCUUAUGUGUCGCAUCCUCACGGAGCAUCUACCUGGCAUCCAGGACCCCCAGGUUAUACCCAGUAACAGGUGUCCCAUUGUACGCUUCAAGUAUGGAGAUAACAUCAAGUGUGAUCUCUCACUUAACAACAAACUUGCGCUGCAGAACACCAAGUUACUCUACCUGUAUAGUGUACUGAACAGUAGAGUCCGACUACUGGUGUAUGCUAUACGCUAUUGGGGAAAGGUGAAGCUUGUUUCUGGGAACAACAAGGCGAGCACAAAGCUGUCCAACUACGCCCUCACUCUGAUGGUGCUCAACUACCUACAGAACACUGACCCGCCAGUACUUCCAACCAUUGAGAAACUCUCACAGCUACAUGGUCCGACUGGUCGCACCAAGAUAGAGGGCUGGGACUGUACAUUUGCCAUGGACUGGCAGAUCAUUCCACAGUCUACCAACAACCAGUCAGCAGCGGAGCUUCUGUCUGGGUUUUUCUCAUACUGGAGUGCGUUCAACUUUGUGGAGAACAUCCUCCAAACUCGGACAGCGACAGAGAUGUCCUUCAUCUCGUUCUUUGACAAGGACAACAUGGAGGAUGGCAGGCUACGAUCUUUUAAGGCUUCAGCUAUCAAUGUCCAGGAUCCAUUUGUGUUGAACCACAAUAUCACCCAGAAUGUAAAUGAGAAAAGCAGGGAUCAGAUUGUGCGGGAGUUUCGUAUUGCCGCCAUCAAAACCUCUGUCUGGGGAAAUGAAGGCUUUUCCAUGACUGAACCAUCAGGGGGUGGAGACCUGAUUCACCUGCUCAACAGUGAAGUGCCAGAGAUCAUCCAACAGGAAGACCAGGAGAAGCAGGAAGCGAUCAUGCAGAAAGGUCGCAUGCCAUCAAGAGACAAGGGAGACUAUGAGUUUGAGAUUGAGAUGAAGCCGACCAUGAUAACGCCCAAGUUUCUGAAGAUGUUGCAGAAGGGUGACUCUGGCAAUGUGAGGGUGGAGUGGUGUAAGCGGGUGUGUGCCUUUGUGCUCCGGGUCCUCAAGGAGACCCUGAUGCUGAUAGUUGAGGAGCUGCCGGAGGCUACAGAGGAGAUGAGGGAGAAACUGCGAGAGGAGGACGUCAAGAUGAGAGUUGCUGAGCAGCACAACAAACAAGUCAGAGAGAGACGCAAGGCAAGACGUGAAGAAAAACGUAAAGAAAUAAAGGAGAAACUUGAAGCAGAGAGGAAAGCCAUCGAGGAAGAGCAAGCUAGAGCCCUUGAAGAGAAACAGGAGCAAGCAGCUGAAGGGGAGGUAGGGCAGGGGCAUGAGAUAGACACCCAGGGGGAGGAGGGAGCCCAGAGUCAGGAUUGGGUAGAUACAGGAGCCCAGGGAGAGGAGGUUGAAGAGGAAACAGGAUGGGGACAAGAGAUGGAGCAGCCAGGACCCAGUCAGGGCAUAGUGCCAAACAGGUUGAUGAGUCUGGCAAUGGGUGGUGAACAAGGAAACCAGCUUGGACAAAAAAGGUCCGCUUCAACCAGCAUCUUUGACCUAAAUGUACCGGUGCCAGAGCGCUUUAAGUCCAAGCGCUUCAAGAACCUUGAGAUGGAGGUAAACAGGCUUCUGGAUGACUCAGAUGACGGCGAAGAGCUUAUUGAAUAUAAGAAGGAUGAGCCAGAACUGCGCUACAAACGGCCAUGUGACUCUGAGGUGGAUAAACAGUUCUUCAUGAGGGCCUGGUGCAUGACCUGGGCACGAAGGAAGAAGGGGGGGGCGACAAUAUGGUGA